AAAGCUUAUAAAUUUUGAUAAUAUCCAUUGAAAUUACAUACAAGAAGUUUUUUUAAAGGUCUAAAUUAUUCGGUCAUACGUGUAUGUUAUGUGAUUUAUUUACGUACAGCAAAAAAAAAUUUGUUUCGGUUUCGAUCAUGCGUAGUCUUACUUCAUUGCUAUGUUAUCGAUUGAAUUCUCACUGACAACUUAGUCAGCGAGUUACAAAUGUUAUAUUUUGCUAUUGAAAAAAUAAUAAGUUUAUAUGAUAUGUUGAGCAAUUAACAAUUAAUUUUGAAUAAAAAGCAUUGCGGGAAAAGGAUUUUUAAUCAUGCCGGAAACAGGGGAAAAUUCGUCUGAUCUGGGAGAAAUAGAAAAUGUACGAGUUGUUGUUAGAGUACGGCCAUUGAAUGGGAAGGAGUUGGACGGUCAUUGCAAAAAAAUAGUUAAAGUUGAUCGAUUAAAUGCUGAGAUAACAGUGGAAAAUCCAAAUGCAGCCCAUGGAGAACCACCUAAAGUAUUUUCUUUUGAUGCUGCAUUUGAUACAGACUCAACACAAGUUGAUAUUUAUAAUGAAACAGCUCGACCAAUUGUUGAAAAAGUACUCCAGGGAUACAAUGGAACUAUAUUUGCUUAUGGUCAAACGGGAACUGGAAAGACUUUCACAAUGUCAGGUGCUAAAACAUCACCUCAAUUACGUGGAAUUAUACCCAAUACUUUUGCACAAAUAUUUGGGCAUAUCGCUAAAGCUGAUGAACAUCAGAAAUUCCUAGUCAGAGCGACAUACUUGGAAAUUUAUAAUGAAGAAAUACGGGAUUUACUUGGGAAAGAUCAAAAUACCAGGUUAGAAGUCAAGGAAAGACCUGAUAUUGGAGUAUUUGUGAAAGAUUUAAGUGGAUAUGUCGUUAAUAAUGCUGAUGACUUAGAUAGAAUAAUGACUCUUGGAAAUAAAAAUCGUGUUGUUGGAGCAACUGCAAUGAAUGUUUCUAGUUCUAGAUCUCAUGCCAUUUUCACAAUAACAGUGGAAUCUAGUCAACUUGGAGAAGAUGGUGAACAACACGUUAAAAUGGGCAAAUUACAUUUAGUUGAUUUGGCUGGAUCAGAAAGGCAGAGCAAAACAAAAGCGACUGGUAUAAGACUACGAGAGGCAACGAAAAUAAAUUUAUCACUCUCAACACUAGGAAAUGUUAUAUCUGCUUUAGUUGACGGUCAAAGCUCUCAUGUGCCUUAUAGAAAUUCGAAACUAACACGAUUACUCCAAGAUUCGUUAGGUGGUAAUUCUAAGACUCUGAUGUGUGCUAAUAUAAGUCCAGCUGACAUCAAUUAUGAUGAAACAAUAAGCACUUUACGUUAUGCUAAUAGAGCUAAGAAUAUUAAAAAUCGAGCGAGAAUCAAUGAAGAUCCUAAAGACGCACUUCUUCGACAAUUUCAAGAUGAAAUUGAACAACUUCGUAAACAAUUGGAAGAAAAUGAACAAGAACUGUCGGACUCCGAAGGUGAUACUGCUGAAGAGUCAGAUGGAAAUGAUGAGAACAAUCAUGAGAGCAAAUCUCGACGUAAAAGUCAAAUUUUAACAAUGGAGGAGUUAGAUGACAAAGACUUGGAGUUGACUGAAAAAAUGGAUAAAGCAGAAAGAGAUGAUAAAAGUCCAGAUGAUAAGCAUUUCAUUGAACUAAAGAAGACUCAGAACGAAAAAGAAGCAUUACGAGAAAAAAUGCAAAACUUACAGAAUAAAAUUCUCGUCGGUGGAGAAAAUUUAUUGGAAAAAGCUGAAGCUCAAGAACGGCUUUUAGCAGCAGCAGCAAUGGAACUUGAUCAGAGAAAAAAACGAGAGGAACAAUUGAAGAAAGCACUUGAAGAGAAAGAAGCAGAGAGAAUUGAUAUUGAGGAAAAAUAUUCAUCACUGCAAGAAGAGGCAGCAGGAAAGACUAAAAAAUUAGCUAAAGUGUAUACAAUGUUGAUGUCAGCACGAGCAGAAUUAUCAGAUCUCCAAGAAGAACAUCAACGAGAAAUGGAAGGACUUCUAGAAGGAGUACGAGGAAUCGGAAGAGAAUUACAAUUACAGGAAUUAAUUUUAAAUAGCUACAUUCCAAUUCAGUAUCAGACUAUGAUUGAAAAAUACGUCCAUUGGAAUGAAGACAUUGGAGAAUGGCAGUUAAAGUGUGUUGCAUAUACUGGAAACAAUAUGAGAAAAGCACAAACAUCGUCGUCUAUCGGUGCAAUCAAAGAUCAGCCGCAAUUGGAUUUAUCACAUUUAUAUCUUAUUUAUAAUAACGAAACUGACAAUGGCUUUAUGCAGAAGAAAACAAAAAAUCGCUCCGGAGUUCCUAGACCUACAACUGCUCAUCGACGUACGCCCCAUGCGUAAAUUUAGUCGAAAUGUUUUUUCAUCUAUUAUGAUAAUGAAAAUUAGGGCAAAUAAGUAAAAAAAAAAUUAUCAACAUAAUAAAAAGAUUUGAUUAGA